UCUCUCUCUCUCUCUCUUUUGUCAUGCCAAUGGACACUUUCUAUCUCCUGUUGCUGCUGUUGCUCUUCUUGUUUGAGUACUCCGCUCCGUCGUCGGCCGUCGAUCGGAAGCAAGAAGCGCUUUCGAGCAUGAAGAGAGAUGCAGAAGCACUUCUCCGCUUCAAAAGCUCAGUCCACGAUCCGAAGGGCUUUCUCUCAAAUUGGCAGGUCAAAUACAGAAGCCCAUGCAGCUGGAAUGGAGUGCUUUGCACCACCCAAGGGAGAGCAACACAGCUCAAUCUCACCCGCUGCGACCUCUCCGGCGCGCUUUCGCUCUACGCUCUCUCCCCCGUCGACGAGCUCUCGAUCCUCGACCUCUCCCACAACCCUUCUCUCUACAUAAACACCACCUCCUUGUUCCAGCUCCCACUUGCACUCACACAGCUUGAUCUCUCCUCUUCUGGGCUCACAGGGCUCCUCCCAGAAGCACUUGUAACAUCCUACCCUAACCUAACAUAUCUGAACCUCUCUCACAACAACAUAACAGGCUCUCUACCAUCAAACUUCCUAUCCAAGUCGCAAAAUUUGCAAGUGUUGGAUCUCUCCUUCAACAACUUAUCGGGUAGUGCUUCGAAUCUGAGCUUCGAAUUUCCCUGCAAAAGCUUGAUCUACUUCGAUCUCUCUGUAAAUUAUAUUUCGGACGAAAUACCAUUCGCUCUAACCAGCUGCGCUAAUUUAAAGACCUUGAAUCUAUCUUUCAAUUCGCUUAUCGGAGAGAUACCCGAAUCGUUCAGUGAGUUAAGGGGAUUAGAGAGUUUAGACCUCUCCAAUAAUCAUCUCAGUGGUUCAAUACCUUAUGGUUUAGGAAAUUCAUGUGGCUCCCUCCAAGAACUCAAAAUCUCGACGAACAACAUCUCAGGAUCAAUCCCCAGUUCCUUCUCCUCUUGCUACUCUCUCCGAUCGAUCGACCUCGCAAAUAAUAAUCUUUCGGGUCCUUUUCCGAAUGAUGUGCUUCAAAAUUUGUUCUCCCUUGAGACCCUUUUGGUGAGCAAUAAUUUCAUUUCCGGGCCGUUUCCGAGCUCAAUAUCUUCAUGCAAGCACUUGAGAAUUGCAGAUUUCAGCUCGAAUAAGCUCGUGGGCGAUUUGCCGCCAAGCGUUUGUUCGAGUCCUUCGUCACUCGAAGAGCUGAGAAUUCCCGAUAACUCGAUCACGGGCCAAAUACCGUCGGAUUUAUCGAAUUGUUCGCAACUACGAGUAAUCGAUCUCAGCAUCAAUUACCUCCGAGGCCCGAUUCCAAAGGAACUAGGCAAUCUUUACAGCUUGGAGCAUCUCAUGCUGUGGUUUAACGGCUUGCAAGGCCGAAUCCCGCAAGAACUCGGCCAGUGCUCGAAGCUGAGGACUCUAAUCCUUAACAACAACCUCAUCGACGGCGAGAUCCCGAUCCAAUUAUUCAACUGCGUGAACCUUGAAUGGGUGUCGCUCACCAGCAAUGUGAUAAGCGGAAAGAUCCCCACGGAAUUUGGACGGCUUUCGAGGCUCGCGGUGCUCCAGUUGGCGAAUAAUAGCCUAAGCGGCGAGAUACCGGAAGCGCUCGGAAAUUGCUCGAGUUUGAUGUGGUUGGAUUUGAACAGCAACAAGCUCACCGGCGAAAUCCCCGCCCGGCUAGGGCGGCAGCUGGGGGCGAAGGCGCUCAGCGGAAUUCUCUCUGGAAACACAUUGGCGUUCGUUCGGAACGUCGGAAAUUCGUGUAAGGGCGUCGGUGGUCUUCUCGAAUUCGCAGGAAUCCGACCGGAGAGGCUGCUCCAAGUGCCCACACUAAAGACUUGUGAUUUCACUAGGCUCUACUCCGGAGCGGCGCUAAGCGAUUGGACCCACUACCAAACCCUAGAGUACCUCGAUCUCUCCUACAACGAUCUCUCCGGCGAAAUUCCGAUGGAAUUCGGGGACAUGGUCGUGCUCCAAGUGCUCGAUUUAGCUCGCAACAACCUCUCGGGCGAAAUCCCGGACUCGCUCGGCCGGCUCCGGAAUCUCGGGGUGUUCGACGCCUCGCGCAACCAAUUGCAAGGACGAAUACCAGACUCUUUCUCUAAUCUCUCGUUCUUGGUACAGAUCGAUCUUUCAGAUAACAACCUGACGGGGCCGAUCCCGUCGCGAGGGCAACUGAGCACUCUCCCCGCGAGCCAGUACAAGAACAAUCCGGGCCUCUGCGGAGUGCCGCUGCCGCCGUGCGAAGCUCCGACUAGUAUUCCGACCGCCGCGGACUUCGACGGAAAGGGAGGAGAGAGGCGAAGAAGCUCCGCGAUGGCGUGGGCGAACAGCGUAAUUCUCGGCGUCCUCGUCUCCGUAGCUUCUUUGUGUAUUAUCGUCAUCUGGGCCAUUGCAGUUAGAGCAAGGAGAAGGGAGAAAGAGGAGGCGAAAAUGCUUGACAGCCUCCAAGCGAACGAGUGCGCGACCACUUGGAAGAUCGGGAAGGAGAAGGAGCCGCUGAGCAUCAACGUCGCGACGUUCCAGCGGCAGCUGCGGAAGCUGACGUUCUCGCAGCUCAUCGAGGCCACGAACGGGUUCUCGACGGCGAGCCUGAUCGGGUGCGGCGGGUUCGGGGAGGUGUUCAAGGCGACGCUGAGGGAUGGGUCGUGUGUCGCGAUCAAGAAGCUGAUCCAUUUGAGCUACCAAGGCGACCGCGAGUUCAUGGCGGAGAUGGAGACGCUGGGGAAGAUCAAGCACAAGAACCUCGUGCCGCUGCUCGGCUACUGCAAGAUCGGUGAGGAGCGGCUGCUCGUCUACGAGUACAUGGCGCACGGCAGCCUGGAGGACGCGCUGCACGGGAAGAAGCGGCGGCUGACGUGGGGGGAGAGGAAGAAGAUCGCGCUGGGGGCGGCGAAGGGGCUGUGCUUUCUGCACCACAACUGCAUCCCCCACAUUAUACACCGCGACAUGAAGUCGAGCAACGUGCUGCUGGACGGGGAGAUGGAGGCGAGGGUGGCGGACUUCGGGAUGGCGCGGCUGAUCAGCGCGCUGGACACGCACCUCAGCGUGAGUACGCUGGCGGGGACGCCGGGGUACGUGCCCCCGGAGUACUACCAGAGCUUCCGGUGCACGGCGAAGGGCGACGUGUACUCGUUCGGCGUCGUAAUGCUGGAGCUGGUCACGGGGCGGCGGCCGACGGACAAGGAGGACUUCGGGGACAGCAACCUGGUGGGGUGGGUGAAGGAGAAGGCCAUGGUUAGGGAGGGGAAUUGUAGGGAGGUGUUCGACGAGGAGGUGGUGAGAGAGAAUGGUGGGGAGGAGGAGGAGAAGGAGAUGGCGAGGUUCCUCGAGAUCGCGUUGCGGUGCGUCGACGAGUUGCCGUCAAAGCGGCCGAAUAUGACGCAGGUCGUCGCCAUGCUACGGCAGCUCUGCAGUGGUAGUGGUGGUGGUGGUGGUGGUGAAGGGGAGGGUGAUGGGGCUUAGCUAGUUAGUUGUGAAUGUAAUGUAAGUAGAAGGUGGUGCUGGGUGGGAAACUGGUGUUGCGCAGUUGUUGUACGUGUUAUUGUCUCUUGUUAUUGGAAAAGAUUAAUUUUUGCAGUGUAGUAGUAUACAUUACUUAUCAGUUAUUGUUAGCUUAAAUCGGUAAGCAUCCUAUUCUGUGACGCAAGGGGAGGUUAGGUCGAGUGAGUGGCGUGAGGGUGGGUUGAAUCGAGUCAUGUUCGACAUGAUGUGAGGCUGCUGGUUGGAUCGAAUCACAAUC